UCUGAUUCCAAUAUUACGGUUUUUAGCAGAAUAAAUUAGUUUGCAUGCCAUCACUGUUAUUUUUUAUGUUUCAAUACAUAUCGGCGAACAUUACCGGGAAUUAUGGAAUUUCGUGUGUUCAUCAAUAUCGUUUUCCUCGUACUAUGCACCGCUCUUGGUAAUACUCAGAUCGUUCGGAGGGGAAGAUUAUGUGGCGCAAACAGGAUAACACGGAGAACCAGACAACGCUGACCACCGACCAUAUUCCAUUCCGUCGCUACCACAGCAUACACUGUCCAACCGACGCACAACCGGCACUGCCGAAUUACAUUCAACCAAUGAAAAUUGAUCCCAAACUGAUUUUAGGAAAGUGGUACGGGUAUCUGUACUGGAACAGCUACUGGACAUCCAGCGAUCUGCCGGUCGCUAAUUAUAUCGCGGAGUUCCGCCGCCUCACGGAAAAGAUCCCGGACGCGGCCGGCGACGAGAAUGGUUUAAUGGUGGAACGGCUUAGCAGCAUCGUCGAAAUCAGUCAUCAAGAUAACGACAGUACAUCCUGUUUUCCAACCGCCAGUUUACUGCAAAUAGCCAUAAGUGGUCAAGUUAAAGAUACAUUUUUCGUGGAUUAUGCCACCAAUGAAAGCGAUAUUUUUCUGGGAAUGGCAUCGGCGUUUGUACUAUCGACAGACUACCAUUCCUACAUGGUGUACUACGAAUGCCACGCCCACAACAUAACAUCGGGGUUAUGCCGGCGACCUUACGUAUCCGUCCUGACCAGGAAGCGACCGGAUGCUGUAUCGCCGGCAACGGCCAGACUAAUCGCCGCCUCCGUUGACCGGAUGUUGGGUCGUUACUGCUUCGGUGCAUCGAACCUGUUGACGAUCCCUUGGAUUAAUCGGUGGAGGAAGGAAUGCCGAAUGCAGCGGCCAAAAGAUAGCUGCUACAGAAAACUGUUUAAAAACUUGGUGUCACCAAGCUGGCGUCCUGCUUCAGAGUUAACGGUGUCGAAAGAUCAGUAUUAAUAUCCUGUUUAUCGUCGAUGAUUUAUCGAAAUCAUUGCCGUACUGUAUGUAUCCUGUUAUGCUAUACACAAGUCCCUCCGAAAACAAGGGCACCACUAUACAUAAGAAAUCACCGUAUAUGGUGAUGGUGUGUAUGGCUCAAGGGAAGUGGCCGGGCACAGGGUGUCAAAUUUGGGAACAUACACGAAAACUUCCACUUUCACACAGUCCCUAACACUUUUUUGCAUCGUUUUGUUGCAUUCGGCAGCCAAAUUUUUUUAUACGUUGAUGUGGAAACCGUUUGUGCGCGCUGC